UCAGCCUGCUGACAGUCAGUGCACAGUGUGCUGAGUCUGGAGGUGUCUGCGCUUUUGCUGCUGCUGGCUGAGGUCCGCCCGUCCCAGUGAUGGGGAGAGUAAGCCUUGGAGCUCCCGGCUAACUCAGCUGUCCUUACCCCUGGCAAUGCCCUCUCUCCCUGGCACUGCCCUUGCCUUCCCCACCUGGAUUAUUGCCUAGUGCCACCUUGCCGAGCUCCACUUGCUGUCGGUGUGCCCUGGCUGCAAUCAUGCUAAGGAGGAUCCUGCUGAGUGUCUUCAUGGUGACUGUGAUGGGCAGGGGGAGUGCACUGCAGUACGCCAGCGAUAUGUGCAAUUGGAAAGGAAGCGGGUUGACCCAUGAACCGCACAAGAAGGAAGUGGAGCAGGUGUACCUCCGUUGUUCGGAAGGAUCGGUCGAAUGGCUGUACCCGACGGGAGCCCUCAUCGUCAACCUCUUCCCCAAUACCUUGUCGUCCGUUUCUGAGCACUUGACUGUUUGCAUAAAACCUUUCAAAGACUCCAAAGGAUCUAAUAUUUAUUUGGAAAAAACUGGAGAACUCAAGAUGUUGGUUCGGGACGAGGAAAACCUUCCUCACAAGGUCUAUUGCUUUUCCCAGGAACAAGGACUGUUGUUCGUCGAGGCCACCCCACAGUUGGACAUUAGCCGAAAAAUCACCGGCUUCCAGUAUGAGCUAAUUAGCCAGAGGACGCUCUCAGACUUGCACGCUAUUUCCGAUCCCUGUCGACCCUGCAGUGACACGGAGAUCCUGCUAGCAGUGUGCAUUAGUGAUUUUGUUGUCAAAGGUUCUAUCAAAGAAGUAACCAGUGACCUUGAACAGCAGGAAUCCAUCAUUUCCGUUUCCAUCAACAGACUUUACCGACAGAAAAGCAAAAUCUUCCAACCCAGCCAACAACAAUUGGGUUGGGAAGGGCAGAUAAGGACGCCUCUGGAAUGUGGCGUCCAAGCAGGACUGGGGGAGUUCUUGUUCACUGGACGUAUGCACUUUGGGGAGCCCCGAUUGGGCUGUGCGCCACGGGAUAGGGACUUCCGGAGGAUAUAUCUUGAAGCAAAAAGUAACGGAUUAAACCCAUGUGAAAUUAACACGGACUGAAAGACCAAGCGUCUUGCCGUGAUUUUCUAGACUUGUUCUUUGUCUCAGAUGUUGGGACGGACUUUUUUGAGAAUAGCGAAUACUUGGAAGGAUACUAAGACUUUUUUUUUUUUCCUUUUUAUAAGUGGUCGCAGGUCUACCUAUCCGCCGACGUAAGCUGUUACACUAAAGUGUUGGAGGUACGAAAUGGGCCCGGCCCAAACUCGCCACUGUACAAGACUGCCAUUUUAAGUCUUGCGUCGCAAACCCUAAGUUAUUAUUUUUCUUAAAGAUUAUUUCAAGU